CUCCUGCCACCUGGUGGUGCCUCUACAUAACUGACAACACUAGGUCCCCGAGUGAUGGAUGAGCAGUUGAUAUUUUCAAUUGGCUGAAAGCGUUUGCUUCCACGCCCUUCCCUAGUUCGCUGUCAAUCAGAAUAUUCGUCUGUCUUCCUGGUUCCAGCGUUGGGCAAGACGCAGGUAUUGCUUUCGCAGUGAUUAGCUGAAGGAGAGAGACCAUGUGCAGGUCACAUGAGUGCUGAGGAUGAGGCGUAAACAGUUGGGAGGAAACCUGAGGAGCGGACUGGUGGCUAAGCGCUCCUUUCGAGUGGGGGCCGAGGUUCACCGCUGCAGCUAAGACCCUCGCCGGGGAGCCCCCCCGCCCCCCUCCUGACCCGCGCACUCGACAGACAUGAACAGCACCACCCAGUCCCCAACCGUCGAUGGGGACGCUGCGGUCAGCUAUGUGCUGGUGCCCUUCCUCCUUAUCACCAUCAUAGGGAUUGUUGCUGCUGUGGUGAUGUACGUGCGUAAGAAGAGAAGAAUGGACCGGCUGCGGCACCAGCUCCUCCCGGUCUACACCUAUGACCCGUCUGAGGAGCUGAGCGAGGCUGAGCAGGAGAUGUUGUGGAGGGAAGAGGACACCAAGGUGGUACAGGGUUGGGCAAGGGCAUACCAGCACCGACGCCCCCUACUGAUGAAAGAUGUUCACGCCUGAGGUUGUGGCCGAGGCCCUUGGCCUACGUGAAUGGACAAAGAAGUGGACAAUAAAGGUGAGGACUAUGUCAGUCCGACACAAGGGUGACCUGACCUGCCAUUGAGCAGUCGCUUGCCACAUGGUCUGAAUCCAGAAAAGGUCUCCUCUUCAUCUCGCUACCUUGCUUGUGUGUCUCAAAGUCCCAAUGGUUCCUUCUCUGUGGGUCAGCUGAUUACAGUGUGACCUGUUGGAUGCACACCAUUGUCCCCUGCCCAAAACUGCAGCUGUGUUUUUGACAACUUGUCUCGUCCCAUCACCUAUAAAGCUGAGCCUACAUCUGCAACUGCUGUGGAAUAUGGAAAAUGUACCCUGGCCAAAGGUAGACUUUACCUAUGAUCUAUUUAAGAAUUUAUUUAAAUAUAGUUUCUCUGUGAAUAUUUUGGAUGAGCGAUAUGAUCUUUUGGAAUCGAGGGAGUGCUGUCCGUAUUAACAAGCAACGACCUGACUGUGGCCUCGAUGCUAGUAUUUAGUUAGCCCUGAAUCAGAAGUGAAGUUUGCUGUGACCUCCUGUUUUUAAUGUUGAUGAGCAUUACCUAAAGAUGUGCAGGAAAGGCCACUGUAAAGGGCAGCCAUUUUAUGGCCAUCAGACUACCUGCCUUCCCAGAACUGACAUGUAUCUGUCCAAUUCCCUUGUUUGAGGAUGUAUCAAUAACCUGCAGGACUUGCACUGUGUUUCUAUGGCCUCUCGUGUUUGAGAUGUAACAUUUCAUUCAACUUAAGGAAAGUCUCUUGUUUGCCUUUCUCCAGGCACACACACAUAAACACACACAAAUGACAGGAUUAACAGGCGACUGAAUUAAAAUGAACACUUUGGUUAUUGGAAACCAAUACCUGUCUCAAAAGAAAUACGAUGGCUCCACAUUUCCUGCAAAGGCAAAGCAGGCAAAGUACUGUUCUUUCACUGAGACACUUCACAGCUUAGUCUAGGGGGUUUGCCGCUUCAUGGUAUUCACGUUUAUGGCUGGAGAAAGAGCAGAGACUGAUGCUGUGACCGGUGGUUUAAAAUAAACUCCUAACCCCUAACACUGGAUAACUCCUGCCCUCGCCAUGGCCCGCGCCCACGUGCGCGGAGGGGGCCGUGACUACCGGCCUCAAAAAUGCCCCUGCAUGCUCAGUACACCGGCACGAGGAUGGUCCUGCUUUCAAGUGAUUGUAUCAAUUUAGAGAAAUGCCAUCUCACUGACUGUGCCGACCGCUCAGGAAAUGUCUUCUGUGUGCUCCUUCAAAAACACGCUUCCAUUCAAUGAUUCAUCUGAAUGAAAACAUCCCCCUCCCCCACCCCUCUAUGGCUUGUCCACUGUAUCGGUGAAUGUAAUGUCCUGAAAAUGUGUAUGAAACGCUCACGUUUCAGACAGCGAUGUCGCUAGGACACUGUGACCUAGAUCAGCAUGUGUAUCUGUUCAAAGGUUCGAAUGUCAAGCUUAUGUUUUGGUAGCCACUGGCAACCCAGCAGAUGCUGAAUAAUUCAAUGUUCUUUCAGUAUUGUACAUGAAGGAUUGUCAGGAACACUUGGUGGAUUCGUUGGGUGUGAACCAUAAUUUUACGAUCUCACCAAAAGCCAUUGAUAAUAAAUUUAAGAAAAAACUAGCUACAACUCUUAUGUUCUGCACUCUUUUGAAACAAAUUGUUUGGGUUCUAUGAUGAUACGGGAGUGGUGUUGUUUUAUGACUGUGUGCCCUGACAUUGCAAAUAAAAAAUGUAAAUAAUAGCCUACUUAAAGUGCAGAGUGCAUUACUUGAAUCUUUUUUUACAUCAUUAUGUGAUGUCAAAAGUAUGGUCUGUCAUUAAAACUUAAAUAAACCUAUAUGAAACUA